AUGAAGGAAGAACCAGAAACCUCAAGAGAUACCCCCGAAGGCUCGGCCGCUGCCGAUGACCAGUCGAAGGCCAGUCUUGCUGCUAAGGAUCGCAAAUGUCAGUACUGCCAACAGGCAUUUACAUCCUCGUCCUUGGGCCGACACCUCGAUCAAUUCCUUUUCAAGAAGAAACCCGAUGGAAUCCACGAUGUCGAAGAGAUUAGACGGAUUCGCAGUGGGAUCACACGACGUCAGGCCCGAACAUCCACAGGGAAGCACGAAGGCAGCCCUGAACGUGCUCAAAAAAAGGGGUCUGCCGAUCCAUAUACAACCGCCGAAUCGGGCUCGAAGUCGCGCGAGGCUCCUGUGCGCAUGAUGUUCAACACGCCCACCUGGCACGCGACGGGGGUGAUCAAUGACAUCCCCAAUCCCAGUCGCGUACCGGAUGCAUAUCGCAUCGCCCCAUCACAAUCCCGGACUGCGUCGUUACAGCUACCCGAUUAUGCGAGCCGAGGUAGUAGCUCCAGCAACCCUGACACGAUGCGGGCGCUGGAGCUGGCACUGCGCGAAGUGCUGGAUAAUAUUAAAGCUGCAACCUCCUGCAUACGGCCUCGGCUGUCUCCCUUCGACUUCGACAUCCAAGCACAGACGUUCCCCUCUAUGUGUCUCCAGCUGCUCCCUCCCCCUCCAAGCCUAUUUGCGACACACCCCUUUUCCUCCUCUGCCUCAUUUCCCCUCCAGGCCCCAGGUGCCGAGCAUCUCGAUAUAAUCCGCCAAGCGCUACGAUCCAAGGUCGCACAAUGGCAAACUGACCAACUUGCUGCCGAGUCUACUACUGCACCCCACGCAAGACACGGAAAUACUGGGGUGGAUCCAAACAUGAUAUACCGCAGUGCACAACAACAUGAAGAUAUCAGUUUCCGACACUUGGAACUGGCCUUCAACCAUUGGAAUUCUCUCCCUCACGAGACCCGUCGCGACGCAUGGCAGUUGGAGAUCACCCGUGCAUUUGCGCGGGAGCUUGAGAAGCGCAAGUCCUCAGAUGAGCAACUGGCUCGAGUGCAGCAGGAAGCAAACCAGCUGCGGGCACAAGUAGAGCGUCUCGGAUCAUGCCAGUGGCCUCGUGAAUUCGCGCUCUUCCCCCCAGAUACCCUCCCUCUGCCACGGGAGGUAGCGCGGGAAUUAGACGCCCAAGAUAGCCAGAUCAGCGCCGACUCGGCACGCUGGGAUUAUGACAAUGUAGUUGCCAAAUGGAGGCGUGUUGUCAUGCAUGACAAGGGAAUGGGCCGGAUCGGAGUUGGUUAUGGAAAUCCCAGCCCGCUGGGGGAAACAGACCAAACUCAGCCCCAGCACAAUUCUGAUGUCCGACCUCCGCGCCCUGGCGAAGAUACCACCUCUCAUCCGAACCGCCUGCGCCCAUUGCAAACUGCUGCUGCUAUGAGUCCGGAUGGUGUUGCUGGCUCGACCCCUGCUUCAUCCACCCACUACGCAUCACCACACUCUUAUGCAGAUCCCCGCAGCCCGCCCGGUGGGCUUCCCGGUGGGAUGACCGGUAACCUACCGGGCGGUCCCCCUCAGGGGCUGCCUCCAGCUAAACGACAACGGCUUAUGAAUGGCUCGGAAGACCCGUCUGGUCCUUCGUCCGAACCCGGUCCUCCUCCACCUUCUGCAGUUGGUAAACCCUGGGGGUCUUCCACACCCCAUUUAUCCAAUAUCGCUGCGCCUUCAGGACAGACUCCUCCAUCGUCAUCCAGACAUUGA